AUGAUUCUACUAGGCAUCUUUCGCCAACAACAAAACCAGCUUUGGCGAUUAUGUUCACCAUCACUCAAUCUUAUGCGAACAAUCACUACACAUCAGCCAAUACCAACUGAUCGAGCAUUACUUUCACCUCGUUUACCUGUUAUCGUACAGCAACCAUAUCGAACGAGAAAGUUAAAAUUCAGUUUUGGAUAUACAAACUAUGGACAUCGAAGACAUGUGAGACCACCGGGACAUCAUGUCGUUCAAUAUAUGCAAUUCUUUUUUAUUAUUAUCGGUGCCUAUGCACUUUUCUACCUAACAAAUGUGACGGACUUCGAGGAUCGUUGGUCUGCCCCGAUGGCCCCGAUGGAUGUGAAUCAAAACAUUCAAGAAAAUACUUAUAUCGAUCCGAAGGAUACUCAACGACGUUUGGAUAUAUUUUCUCAAGUGAAAGCGGCAACCGUUGUUCCAGCUGUGGAAGCCAAUGCGAAUGAUUCAAGUGAAACAGAAAAUGAUGAAGUCUUAUCGAAGGUUGAACGCAAAGCUGAAAAAUCUAAAGUAGAAAGAAAGGAGGCGAAAACGAAAAAAAUCUCCUUUCGUGACAAGAAAAAAAUCGCCUAUGAAAAUCGUCUUCGAGCAUACUCAACACCCGACAAAAUCUUUCGAUAUUUUGCUACGUUAAAAGUCUACAGCGAUGAUAAUCCAGAUGGAAUCAUUUGCAUGACGCCAGAUGACUUUCUUCGAUCGAUAACACCAGGCCUGAAACAACCUGAUGGUUUAGAACUCGAUAAAUUCUGCCGUUAUGAUCUACGCGUUGAUUCUUGGGAUAAACUCGAACAUUUAAACACACAUCUAUACUAUGCAGAUUUGAAGUCCAAUGAAAUCUCGAUAUUCGAACAUAUUGGUGGGAAACAAUGUUUAAUUACAUUCAGUGAUUAUAUUUUUCUCGUGACAAUCUUAUCCACUCCUCGACGAUACUUUCAAAUCGCUUUUCAAAUGUUCGACUUCGACGGUAAUGGUACAUUCGAUUUCGAUGAAUUCACCAAGUUAAAAGGCUUAAUACGCGAACAAACAAGUAUUGGACAAAGACAUCGUGAUCAUUCUACGACAGGAAACAUCCUUCGAGAAACAUCUAUCCUCAAUCACUACUUCUUCGGUGAAAAUCUCGAUCAGUUGUUAAGUGUUGACAAAUUUCUUCAGUUUUAUGAACAACUACAAAAUGAAAUUUUACAAUUAGAAUUUCAUCGUUCCGCGAAAUGUCCUCAUGAUAAAAGUCGAAUAACUGAAUUGGAUUUUGCCACAUCUCUAUUGGCUUAUUCGGGUUUACCAGAUAAACGUGUCAAGAAAAUGUUAAAACGCAUCAAAAAGGCUUAUUCCAAUGAUGAAAAAACGCCAGCCACUGGUAUUUCCUUCACCGAUUAUCAAAAUUUCUAUAACUUUCUUCGUAAUAUCCACGAUAUUGAUGUGGCGUUAACAUUUUAUCACAUUGCCGGCGGUGCGAUUGACAAAAAAAUCUUUCACCACGUUGCUAAAACUGUAAAUCACACUGACCUUGACGCGCAUUUAGUCGACGUUGUCUUCACUCUGUUUGACGACAAUCGCGAUGAAUUGUUAUCUUAUGUCGAGUUUAUUCAUAUUAUGAAAAAUCGAUUGGAACGUGGCCUCCAACGCCCGAAAGAUACAGCAUUUAUGAAGUUGUUUUCUACAAUGCUCACCUGUGCAAAAGAAACUUAUCUCUAG